AAAAAAAAUUCAAACCAACACUUCGUCUCAAUUGGAUGCAUGCAACCUAUGGCGAUGCAUUUGGCCCAAUCUUGUAACACUCUUAUGACAUUGGAGACCGGCAAAUAGGGCUCACUCUGGUGAUAGCAUUUCUCUAGCCUAACAUCACAUACCAUUUUUGUCUUCCAUAGGAGAGAGUACGUUCGCCCAGAGAAGCGGGAAUGAAGAUGGAAACGAAAGCGCAUUGUGCGGGUACCAGAAAUAUGAAGCGUUUCUCUGUAUCAAUUCUGAACCUCCCACAGAACGAACGUUGCUGUUAUAAUCCGGCAUACGUGGGCAAUGAUGCAAUUGAAUUUGUAGUUGGGUCCAAUGAGUGUAAAGAACCAGAGCUGUUGUAUCUUGUUGUUAUACCCAGAAGAUUUUGAAGUUCUCAUUUUCCAGUAUUUGAUCUAUCCUAAGCAUUUUGAGCUGAAUUUGUAGUUGGGUUCGGAUAAAAUGGCCAAUGAGGGUAAAGAACCACUGCUGAAGAAAUAUUACUAUGAGAACUGCCCUGGUUGUAAAGUCGAACAGCUUAAAGAGAUGCAUACAGGUUUACCUAUUAAGGAAUUGGUUUCUAUAUGGAUUGUGGUGCUUGGCACAGCACUGCCAAUAUCUUCUCUUUUUCCAUUCCUUUACUUCAUGAUAAGGGACUUCCAUAUUGCAAAAAGAGAAGAAGACAUCGGUUACUAUGCAGGUUAUGUGGGGUCCUCAUUUAUGCUUGGAAGAGCUUUGACAUCUGUUUUCUGGGGCAUAGUUGCUGAUCGAUAUGGUCGAAAACCAGUUAUUAUUAUAGGGACUUCCACGGUGGUUGUUUUCAACACUCUCUUUGGUCUUAGUAUAAACUUUUGGAUGGCAAUCUGUACAAGAUUUCUUCUCGGGAGCUUUAAUGGAUUACUUGGACCAAUAAAGGCCUAUGCAUCUGAGCUAUUCCGGGAAGAGCACCAAGCUUUAGGACUGUCAACAGUUAGUACUGCAUGGGGUAUAGGACUGAUCAUUGGCCCAGCUCUGGGAGGUUUCCUUGCCCAGCCUGCAGAGAAAUAUCCAUCUAUAUUUUCCAGGGAUUUUGUUUUUGGGAGAUUUCCUUAUUUCUUACCCUGCCUCUGCAUAUCACUUUUUGCAUUAAUUGUGACUAUUGCUUCUUGUUGGCUUCCGGAAACUUUGCACAUGCACCAUAAAUCACGUGAUAACUCAUGUGAAGCUCUUGAGUCUGCUUGUUAUGAAUCUAAUGCAAAAGAAAUAAAGCAGGAUAUUGAAGGAAGAGAACCUAUUUCUAAAGAAAGCCUGAUCAAGAACUGGCCCUUAAUGUCAUCUAUCAUAGUUUAUUGUGUUUUCUCACUUCAUGAUAUGGCUUAUACAGAGAUAUUCUCAUUAUGGGCUGUGAGCCCCAGAAAGUAUGGGGGCUUGAGCUAUACAACUGAGAAUGUUGGUGAAGUUCUUUCAAUAUCAGGUUUUGGCCUUUUAGUCUUUCAACUUUCUCUAUUUCCCCUUGUGGAGAAGAUUAUUGGCCCUAUCAUGAUAUCUCGCUUCGCAGGAGUUGUAUCAAUACCUCUUUUAACAAGCUACCACUAUAUAGCCAUGCUAUCUGGAUUCAGCCUCUCAUUGGCGUUAAAUUGCGCAUCUGUGAUGAAGAAUGUUUUAUUCGUGUCCAUUGUAACUGGCUUGUUCAUUCUGCAAAACAAUGCUGUGGAUCAACAUCAAAGAGGUGCUGCUAAUGGCAUUUCUAUGACUUUGCAGUCACUUUUUAAAGCAGUAGGUCCUGCUGGAGGAGGAGUUCUAUUUUCCUGGGCACAAGCACGUCAAUAUGCUGCAUUUCUUCCAGGUGACCAGAUGAUUUUCUUCAUCCUGAAUGUCAUUGUAGCAAUUGGAGUGCUGAUGACGUUCAAACCGUUUCUAGUUCAACGAACGAAUAGAAAUAGAUGAUUAUUAUCUUGAACUUCAAGCACCGGUCAGGAUGCAGGUUUCAAGAGUAUCUUCAACAUGAUCCUUUUGCAGUCGUGUUUUUGAUUGCAUACGCUUUGGUGAUAUAAACCAAUAGACUAUCAAAAACAGUGUACUCUUUCCCAAUGCUUUUAGGUCAUUGAAUAAUCUGUAGUUAUGAAAUCAGAACUGUGACUUUAGGAUUCAAUGUCAACUAAUUCAAGUAUGUGAAUCAUUAGAUAUUUGCUUUUGGACAA